AUGGUGAAUAUCCUCAAGGCAGUCAUCAAGUUCCUGUGGCCGGAGCAGGAAUCGAAACAAUUCGCAGCGAAGGCCAAGCGGCUCCUUCAAGAGGGUAAAUAUACGGAGGGCAUCUCGCUCUACCAGAAGGCCCUCGACGCCAGUAAACCCAAGUACAGCACCUACUCCGUGAUCGUGUUCAACUACGCCAUGGCACUCGACCAUAGCAAGGCAGAUGAUCGACAAAAGGCCCUGGAGCUCUUCGGGAAGGCGUUUGCGGUGGAAAAAGACGUCCGAUCGAAGGCAUUCUCGCCAUUGCUCCUGAACUAUGGUUUCUUGUCAAUCGACCACGCGAGAGCGACGAAGACGACAGCUGUUCUUGACGACAUCGUGGGCAAAUAUCUGCCCCUCGUCGAGGGUAAUUCAACUGGAACCCCGGCACGAAACGCCCACUACGUCCUCGGUACCGUGCUCUGGGUCCAUCGGGAGAUCGACGCAGGGAGCGAUGUAGCCCAGCUGGGCGAAGCAAUUACGCACCUAGAGCGCGCGGUUGAGCUCUCGAAGGAGGACAACAACUCGCUUUCACGUUGUCUCCAAAGUCUCGCCAAUGCGUACAAUCAUCGGUACGAGUCCGGCAAGGACACUGCGGACCUGAUGAAGGCCAUUGAGAACAACACGCGUGCUAUCGACGUGCUUCGGACGCUGAAGAACAAAGAAUCGGAUAUAGUGUUGACACGGUAUAACCUCGCGAGGCAGCACUUUGCAAAAUACCUCGAGCAGAGCAGGAAGAAGGAAGACUUGGACGAAGCACAGAGGGUUGCGAAGGAGGCGAAAGAGUUGGCGACAGGGAUUGAGGAAGAAAAUCGGGAUCUUGAGCAGCUUUUGAGAGUUAUUGCGGCCCACCAGAGACGCGAUAGCACGAUGAUGACUACGGCGUCUGGUGUUGCAUAA